CAGUGGAAAAUGACAAACAACCCUUAAAACCUCGAUUUCUCAUCUUCUCUUUUAAUUCUUCUUUUUUUUUAAAUUCUAAACAAGUUCCUGAGUUUUUCUUUUUUUUGCUUGAUCAAGCAGCCAUAUACUUCUUCCUGUAAUCAAACCUAUUUCCCAUGGAAGCUCCCAUUCGUGUUCGCUGAUUACCGUUUCCGUUGAAGAAGCUGCGUACAUCCGUUGAAAUCAAUUAAGAGGAGGAAGAGAGAAUGUUGUGUGCUUGUUCAGGAGAACAGUUCCGUUUCGAGGACCAGCCUGGCUCACCAGAAUCACUCGCCACUCGAGAUUUCUCAGCUAGUGGCCUUUCCUCUUCCAGAACCAGAGGAGGAGGCGCCGAUUGGGAUUCAAAACUCGAAGAUUCUCAAGUGGAUGAAGCUGAAUCCACUCUCAAAGAAGCUCUCUCCCUCAACUACGAGGAAGCGAGGGCUUUACUAGGGAGACUUGAGUUUCAGAGAGGUAACUUCGAUGCAGCGCUUCAGGUCUUUAAAGGCAUUGACAUUAAAGUCUUAACUCCAAGAAUAACCAAAUCCAUUCUCGACAAAACUCGUUCAUGUAACAAACCGCCACGCUCCAAAUCUCCUCCUCCUCCUCAAACCUCCAUGUCAAUGCAUUCUAUUAGCUUACUCCUUGAAGCUAUCUUGCUUAAAUCAAGAUCACUAGAGGAACUCGGCUCUUUCAAAGAAGCUGCAGAGGAAUGUAAAUUAAUCUUGGACAUGGUUGAGUCUGCGUUACCUAGUGGUAUGCCUCAAGGAGUCACCGGAUUCGAUAAGCUUCAGGAAGUUUUUCACAAGGCGCUUGAGUUGCUUCCUUUACUAUGGAGCAAAGCAGGGGACUUUAGUGAGACUGUUGCUUCGUAUCGCCGUGCUUUGUCUAGGCCGUGGAAUUUGGAUCCUCAGAGGUUAGCUGUUACGCAGAAGUCUUUAGCUUUGGUUCUGCUUUACGGAAGUGUUGAAGCGAGUGUGAAGGAUAGUAUGGAGGAGGCGAUUGUGUUGUUGAUGUUGCUUGUGAAGAAGAUGGUGGUUGGAGGGAUACAGUGGGAUGGAGAGCUUAUGGAUCAUCUUACUUAUGCGCUUUCGAUGGUUGGACAGUUUGAAGUGUUGGCGAAUUAUUUAGAGCAGAUUCUUCCGGGGGUUUACACUCGAGGGGAGAGAUGGUACUUGCUUUCGCUUUGUUACAGUGCUGCAGGGAUUGAUAAGACUGCCAUUAAUCUAGUAAAGAUGGUCCUUGGACCUUCGGAAUCAAAGCAGAUGCCAAAUACUUCUUGGUUAUUGUUUGGAGCGAAACUAUGCUCUGAAGAUCCAAAACACUCAAGGGACGGCAUAACUUUUGCUCAGAGGCUGCUCGACUUGGCUAAUAAUCAGAGUGAACAUCUUUUGAGCCAAGCGCACAGGUUCCUUGGUGUAUGCUAUGGAAACGCUGCAAGAAGUUCUAAACUAGACUCUGAACGGGUUUUACUUCAUAAGAAAUCUCUAUUCUCGCUAAAUAAAGCUGCAACGAGGGCCAAGGAUGAUCCGGAACCAGAUGUUGUAUAUAACUUAAGCGUGGAGAAUGCGUUUCAAAGAAACCUUCAGGCGGCUUUGGAUGGUGCGGUUGAGUAUUCUAGUAUGGUGGGAGGAGUUUCGACUAGAGGAUGGAAACAUUUAGCUGCUGUUCUUUCAGCAGAGAAACGGCUCAAGGAUGCUGAAUCUAUUCUGGACUUUACCAUGGAAGAAGCGGGUGACAUCGAGAAGGUAGAUCUUCUGAAGUUGAAAGCUGUGCUUCAGAUGGCUCAAGAACAACCUAAGCAGGCAUUGAAGACUUGCAGCAAUGUGAUGGCUCUAAUUCGCGCGCAGGAGAAAUCUGAACAAUCUGAGACUCUGCUAAAGAAAUAUGAAACGGAAGCUUGGCAGGACCUAGCCUCUGUCUAUGGGAAGCUAGGUUCAUGGUCAGAUGCAGAAACUUGUCUGGAGAAAGCAAGAUCCAUCUGCUUUUAUUCUCCCAGAGGCUGGAAUGAAACAGGUUUGUGUCUCGAAGCUAAAUCACUUCAUGAAGAGGCUUUGGUAUCCUUCUUCAUGUCGCUCUCAAUAGAUCCAGACCACGUCCCCAGCAUUGUAUCUAUAGCAGAGGUUAUGAUGGAAUCAGGAGGUGAUACACUUGCAACCGCUAAGAGUUUUCUGAUGAACGCCUUACGAUUAGACCCUAGAAGUCACGACGCGUGGAUGAAGCUAGGCCAUCUUGCCAAAAUGCAAGGCUUAUCACAGCAAGCCGCAGAGUUUUACCAAGCUGCAUACGAGCUAGAGUUGUCUGCUCCGGUUCAGAGUUUCAUUUGACUUGCAAGAACUCAGGGCAAAGCUUUAGUGAAAUCAGGUAACAAAAUCUUCUUCAGCCUCUAAACAAAACUCGCAGAGUGGCCGGUUCUUGAGGAUAACUUUUUUGAUGAUUUAGAGUUUGAAGUUGUACUUUGUUGGAUGGUUAUGUUUAUAUAAGACAGUAAGGGUUAUCUUAAAAUCUACCUUAAUGAAAUGUCAC